AUGCUUUUCAGAACCCUUUUCCUUCUUACUGCAGCGCGGUAUGCGUAUGCCGAGUGUAAAUGCACUCCAUCCGAUGACUGCUGGCCUACACAAUCAGAAUGGAGCUCCCUGAAUAAAACUGUCAAGGGAAAGCUCAUUGCCAACAAACCCCUCGCCCUGCCAUGCUACAAAGGCGCGGACUACGAUGCUCAACUCUGCGAGACAGUCACCGCAAACUGGUCUAGCUCCUGGUUCUUGGAGGAAUCCCCGAUCGGGUAUAGCUAUCCAGUCCUACAGACCUGUACUCCGGGGAACUCUUCUUUCAAUCCGGUGUGUGACUUAGGUACUUCACCGGCUUAUUCCAUCAAUGCGACGAAUGAGAACGACAUCGCGGCUGGGAUCAAGUUUGCCAAAGACAACAACGUGCGACUGGUGAUUAAAAAUACGGGUCAUGAUGUUGUGGGAAGAUCCCAAGGUUACGGCAGUUUAUCUAUCUGGAUCAAGCAUCUUAAAGACGGGAUCCACUUUCAAAAGCAAUACAGUUCAUCUACCAAGUGUAGCUCUAGUUGGACUGGAACUACUCUGACCGUUGGCGGUGGAUAUGUCUGGGACGAUGUUUACACCGAGGCAGCCAAGCAUGAUGUUAUUGCUGUUGGCGGCAGUGAUAGGUCCGUCGGAGUGAUUGGCGGUUACCUGCAAGGGGGCGGCCAUGGUGCUGUGAGCCACGACUUUGGCCUCGGCACCGACCAAGUCCUCGAGUAUAAGGUCGUCCUCGCAUCCGGCGAAAUCGUCACAGCCAACGAAUGUCAGUAUACGGAUCUUUUCAUGGCUCUCCGAGGAGGUGGUGGCGGUACCUACGGCGUUGUUGUAUCCGCAACUAUCAAAGUACACCCAACACGCCCGGUUCUCAUGCACACUUUGAGCGUGUCGGCCGUGGGGAAGAACGUGUCCAGCUUCCAGAGCGCCAUUGCAGACCUACUAUCUAGUUACCCUAACCUUUCCGACGGAGGGUUCUCUGGCGACGCACUAAUGGAAGCGACCGCCUACCAGCAUACCUUCGCAAAAUUGCUGAGCAGCAACGCCACCGAAGAAGACGUCGAAUCCGGCAAACAAACUAUAAAGCAGCACAUCAUUGAUCACCUGAGCCCCAUGAACGGAACACAGGUGAACGUACUAUCGACCUUUACCCAGUUUUCCAACUGGCAAGAGUUCUUCCUCGGCAGUGGGACUCAUUUGAAUCCAACGGGAACCAGCACAGUUCUUCCAUCUCGGUUCUUUGACAAGAAAUCGUUAGUUUCCAAGCAAGAAAAUCUGAAGAACCUGAUUCGCACUAUUUUCACCACUCCAAGGUCGGAAGCAAAGCCUAAAGCCGCAGCCUUGGAGCUCUGUCUUGUUGGUGGCGGCAAAGUGCUCGAGCCGACACCGCUCACAUCUGUGAAUCCAGCAUGGCGCAAGACGUACCUGCUAAUGGAACUUGUUGAAACCUGGUAUGAGAAUAAUUUCUCAAGGCAAUCGGUACUUGAAAAGGCGACGAACCAAAAAUUGAAGGCGAUGAAGGAUAUCACACCGGGCAUGGGCACUUAUCUUAAUGAAGCUGAUCGGAAUGACCCUGAUUACAAGCACGACUGGUAUGGUGAUAUGUAUGAAUGGCUUUCUUCUGUCAAGACGAAGUACGACCCAGAGGAUGUGUUCUGGUGUCAUCACUGUGUUGGUAGUGAUAGAUGGGAGGAGUCGACUGGUGGAACGGUUUAUGGUCCAUUGUGCAAGACCAAUUAG